UGUCUGUGUCUGUGUCUGUGUCUGUGUCUGUGUGUGUGUGUGCGUCUGUUAGGGUCUAUUUCUACUUCCUUGUUGUAUUUUCACUCUUCUUAUUUUGGUUAUAUGGAAUGGACGAUCAAGAAUUACAAUUACUUUAUACUCAACAAUUAAAUGAAGAACUUUUACACCAAACUCGACAGGCUAUUACCAGACUGGUAGAACAAAUACCUUUAGAAUUUGGAUUAGAAAAUCUUAUUCCUAUUAAUCCUUCCUUCAUGAACAAUGUCCCUGAAAAAUUGGCCUCAUUAUACCAAGAAGUAUGUGAAUAUUACAACUCGAACGCUAUUGAAUUCGACCAUGCUUGGCAUUGGUGUUUUGUUUGGCGACAACAGUUAUCAUAUAAAUUAUUGGCAGAGAAAUAUGGAAUGGAACGAGUAAUCAAUGCAACGAAUCCUCGAGCAAGAAAAGCUGUCAAACAGAUUUAUUUAGAAAGUUUGGAUAGCUAUAUGCAAUGGUUUCCUUGGAAUUGGUUCUCAAAUAUGCAAUUCAUCGGUGCUGGUGGAUUUUCUGCUGUCUAUAGUGCUGCCAUGUCUCCUCCUUAUGAUGUCCAACCUACUCGUGUUGCUUUGAAAAUUGUCGAUGAAAAGUUACUCAAUGAAAUCUCAGUACAAUCCAAAGCAUUCCUACCACUUUUAUUCCAAGGAUUAACAGUAUGUGAAAGUACAGGAGAUUUAAUGAUGGUGAUGAAAAUGAGUAAUGAUGGCAAUCUAGAAGAUCAUAUGUACCAACUUCCUUUGGCUGAUUUGGAUCUCAAGACAAUAGCAGGCACUAUUUUACGACUGGCUCAAAAUUUGGCGGAUCUUCAUAAAGUAGAAAUGUGUCAUAGGAAUGUCCAUCCUCGCAACAUCAUGUGUACAGAUAGCGACUAUUUUUUGGUGGAUUAUCGAUACGCAACACCUUCCAAGGAAUCAUCAUCAGUAACAGCACUAACCAAGGCGGUAUAUGGAAGAUUACCUUAUAUUGCACCGGAAGUACGGCGGGGAGUUUACACCGAAAAAUCAGAUAUUUAUAGUUUAGGCGUGAUUAUAUGGCAACUGGUAAGCAAAGUGAUAUUCCCAUCUCCCGACGUAUUAUUAGACGGCGCUUCUUCUUCAUCCGAUCCAUCAGAUAAUCCUUAUCGUAUCGAACAUGUUGUCGGUGUCCCUGAAUGGUAUCAGAAACUCUAUGUAUGCUGUUUAGAACCCAAGCCUGAAAAUCGACCUGAUGCUACCGAAUUAUGUAUUGUUUUACAAGCGAUUCAUGACAAAUUGGAUUACUCCGUGCCAUUGGACAGGCGUGUGACAGAAUAUAUCGUGGCUCGACGUGCAGAAGUGGCGGAUCAUCAACGUACGUAUGCCAAAAUCAAAGGUAUUGUCUCUGCGUCAAACUCUCGACUCUAUACCCUCGCCAACUUGCCUAGUACCGAACAUUUUAUCACUCUUCCAUUUCGUCAUAUUCCAUUUGCCAAUGCUAUGACGCAUCCUUUACCAUAGUUCUCUUUGUAUCUGUACUUUUAGUUUCCCUUUUUUCUUUGUUCUUAUUUUGAAAUAAAGUUGAUCUUUGUGUCUUUGUUUG